AUGGAAAAUCCAACAUCUGCGGUGAAUCCAGAGAAGCAUUCAAGUUGGGACACGGAUGUCCUGAUCAUCGGUAGCGGUGCUGCUGGGUUACGCGCGGCUCUCGCUGCAAGCGAGCACGCGAAUGUAACGUUAAUCACCAAAACCACGCUGACAGAGAGCAACACGCACUACGCCCAAGGUGGCAUCGCAGUUGUUAUGAACCUUGAUGACACGAUUGCCUUGCACAUAAAGGAUACCUGCGCAGCUGGCGCGGGAUUCUGCAAUGUCAAAGCCGUUGAGAUGAUGGUAUCCGAAGGCAUUCCACGUGUCGCUGAACUGCUUGAUUGGGGUGCGAACUUUGAUUGGGAAGGCGCACUGCCGCGCUUUACGCAAGAAGCUGCGCAUAGCCGUCGCCGUAUCGUCCACAAAGGAGAUGCAACAGGACGUGAAACAACGGAUGUCCUCAUUCAACGCGUGCUUAACACUGAAAACAUCCACAUCUUACAAAACACAUUUGCCAUUGAUCUCCUAACAGAUGCAGAGAUCACCAAAGGGCAUGAAGAAACCGUCACUUGCUAUGGCGUUACCGCGAUUGUAGGUGAAGAAGCAGUCUGUAUUCGUGCGAGAGCCACGAUUCUUGCAACGGGCGGUCUCGGACGUGUCUACCCUUGUACCUCCAACCCAAAGGUGGCCACCGGUGAUGGGUUCGCUGCAGCGUGGCGCGCUGGAUGCGAAAUGGUCGAUAUGGAAUUCGUUCAGUUUCAUCCAACAACGCUCUACUUGGACGGUGCUCCUAACUUUUUAAUCUCAGAAGCAGUUCGUGGCGAAGGCGGCCAACUCAUCAGCAUUCGUGGCGAACGCUUUAUGGAGAAAUACCACGAGAAAGGUGAACUCGCACCGCGCGAUGUUGUCAGUCGUGCUAUCCAGAUAGAAAUGGAAUUGACAGGAUUUCCGUGCGUCUAUCUCGACAUUACACAUAAACCUGCCGGAUUUAUCCACGAGCGAUUCCCAACGAUCUCCGAAACCACCAAACGCUACGGCUUAGACAUCAACAUGGACUUAAUCCCAGUUCGUCCGGGUGCCCACUUUAUGAUGGGAGGCAUCCGCACGAACACCGAUACAGAAACAAACCUCAAAGGACUCUAUGCGUGCGGCGAAGUUGCCUGCACUGGCGUGCAUGGUGCGAACCGUUUGGCAAGCAAUUCUCUUCUGGAAUGCCUCGUCUACGGUGCUCGCGCUGGCACAAACGCAGCAACGUUCGCCGCAUUCCAAUCUUCUCACCCACCAGAUAUAUCACGCGCCGGUAAUACAGAGACAUCUCAGAUGCCGCAUAUUGAGGCAGAUUUAGCUUCUAUAGAAGCGAUAAAGGACGCAAUCCGGGAGACCCUCUGGGAAAAUGUGAGUAUUGAACGAAACGGCGAGGGUUUAAGACAAACCCUCGCCGAAUUGCAAGACUUAACCAUAAAUUUAGGGAACGUGCCAGCAACACCAGUACCAAGUGAUAUAGCACUGAUUGAAGCAGUCAAUAUGCUCAAUGUCGCCUUAAUGAUAACGAAAUCAGCACUUGCGCGAACCGAAAGUCGCGGUGCGCACUACCGUACUGAUUUUCCGACGCAAGACGAUACCGAUUGGCACCGCCGAAUUCUUAUCAAGAACGAUAACCCAUCAGAAGUGAUCUCCUUGUAG